CUCUGCUUCUUCCCUCCACAUCUAUCCCAACAUAAAAUUCCCUCGUUUUCUGCUCUCUCUAACUUUUUUUCUUCUUCUUCUUCCUUCACCUCUCUCUCUCUCUCACUAAAACCCUCGCUUCCCUUCUCUCUCCCCCCUUACGUCCCUCUUAUCGCCGCCGAGAUCUUCCAAUCGAACUCCGCUUCACCACGAUCCAUGUCCGGCGGCGCAGGAUCUUCUCCGGGACCAUCUCAGCCGCCGCCACCGCAACAUCCGCCGACAUCUCCGUCUCCGUCGUCAUCUAUCCCCGUAGUACCACCAAUACGUCGACACUUAGCGUUCGCCUCAACGAAACCGCCGUUUAAUUCCUCGGAUUACCACCGAUUCACCCCUUCGCACCUCACUAACGACGAUAGAAGCUUAGUUAACCUCAGCGAGGCCGUAGAUCGGGACGAUGACGUCGUGGUUUAUAGAUCUCCCUCACGGAAGAGGAAGACCACAACGGAUGUGGUGACUGCUCCAUCUAAUAGUAAUGGAUUCACCAGUUCUGGUUUCACUACAUUAUCCAACAGUCCAUGUAAGACCCCUGUUUCAGCUAAAGGAGGCAGAAAGGCCAAAGGAAACCAGUCAAUUCCCCAAACACCUAUCUCAAAUGCUGGUUCUCCUGCCACAUUAGCUUCUCCUGGAAGUUGUCGCUAUGACAGUUCUUUAGGUCUUCUUACAAAGAAGUUUGUCAAUCUAAUCAAACAAGAGAAAGAUGGAAUGCUGGACCUAAACAAAGCUGCAGAGACACUGGAGGUGCAGAAACGACGUAUUUAUGAUAUUACAAACGUUUUGGAGGGGAUUGAUCUCAUUGAAAAGCCUUUCAAGAACCGGAUACUUUGGAAGGGAGUUGAUACAUCAGGGUCUGGCGAUGUGGAUGCUGACGUAUCUGUCGUACAGGCAGAAAUUGAAAACCUUUCCCUCGAGGAGCAAGAGCUAGAUAACCAAAUCAGAGAAACGGAGGAAAGAUUAAGAGAUCUGAGCGAAAAUGAAAAGAAUCAAAAAUGGCUUUUUGUAACUGAAGAGGACAUCAAGACUUUACCGGGUUUCCAGAAUCAGACUCUAAUAGCUGUCAAAGCUCCUCAUGGCACAACUUUGGAAGUCCCUGAUCCAGAUGAGGCGGUUGACAUCUCUCAAAGGAGAUACAGGAUCAUUCUUAGAAGUACAAUGGGACCUAUUGACGUAUACCUUGUCAGUGAAUUUGACAAGAAGUUUGAAGACACAAAUGGGACAGCGACACCACCGCCAGCAUGCUUGCCUAUUGCUUCUUGCUCGGGAUCUUCAGAAAACCAUGACAUACAAGCCUUAACUGUUGACAAUAAGGGAACUGCCAUUGAACAUCAUGUCUCUCAAGAUCAUGCACAUGCUCAACCCGGCGAUACCUCUGAUCUUAAUCAUUUGCAAGAGCAAGUAGGAGGAAUGCUUAAGAUUACUCCCUCAGAAAUCGAAAAUGAUGAUACAGACUACUGGCUUCUCUCCAAUGCGGAAAUUAGCAUGACGGAUAUUUGGAAAACAGACUCUGGUAUCGAUUGGGAUUAUGAAAUAGCUGAUGUGAGUACUCCACCACCAGUAAUGGGUGAGAUAGUCCCAACCAGUAUUGACUCAACCCCAAGAUGAUGCAAGAAGGGGAAACACGCAUCACAACAACACUAUUAGCUCCCAAAUCAAAGCCAAAGAAGGAGCAAAUACAUAAGAACCAAUGGCAGGUGCGUACCAUACAAUGUACCAUUAAAUUAUGAUCUCAUUGAUCUCUAGAGAGUUGUUGUAAGGAGUGACAAUGUAGAGGAGUACUUGUUAAGAGAAACUAAUGUUAAGUUCUAGAGAGAGAUAUAUAUACUUAAUCGGCUGCAUUUGUGCACUAGCUGAGUAUACAUUUUUUGACCAUUUCAAAUGCAUAAUUAUGAUCAGCUACUUAUGGUAACAUUUGAGUGAAAG